CAAACAAGAAAAGAACAUUAUUUUUGGGUCGCCUGCCUGCCUGCACUACUCACUUCUCUUCUAUUUUAAUCUUAUUUCUCUUCACUGUUUGCAUCAUUAUAUUCCACUUGUCUCUCUCUCUCUCUCUGUAAAACCAGUUUUCUUCGUCAACUAUAAAACCCAACUCUUUCUUUCUCGAGUAUAUGCACAGAAUUUAGUUUCUACUAUUGAAAAUGGAGAGAAAAUGUAAUGAGAAUGAAAUGAAAGGAGAGGGUGAAGGAGAAGAAGAAGAAGAAGAAGCAUUGUCAUUGUGUGAUCUUCCAAUCAAUGAAGAGAAUCAAUCAAAAAAAGAAGAGGUUCCAAUUCCAAGAACCAAUGAAAUACAAGAAGACUUUGAUUUUUGCUCUUUUUCGAAAGAAUCUGAAAUGUGCGCAGCUGAUGAAGUUUUCUAUCAAGGCCAAAUUCUUCCACUGCGUAAUUCAAUUAGCUCAGAGAAAGGCUUAAAUGGAUAUCGAAGCGAUAGCCGGAGCAUUUCGAGGUGUGCAUCAAUGGAUCAUUGUUAUUCAGUUGGGUUCACGAGUGUCAGCAGUAGAAGUAGCAGCAUCAGAAGCCACCAAUCUUCAAGCAGUGGCAGUUCUAGCAGCAUUAAAUCAAUUAACAUCCCUAGAGUUCUAAAUCAAUUCCAUUCCCACCCAAGUCCAACACCGCAGCUUCGUUUAUCAAGCAUUAAGCAAGGAAAUCUUCGUAAUUCCAACAGGAAAUCGUCACUUUGGAGCAUUUUCCAUGUGGGAUUAGUCACCCCACCAGAAAUCGCAUUGGAAGAUCUCAAAAUGCGACGCGAGAAUAACAACAAUAACAAGAACUUCGGCAGUCGAAACAGCACUAGUAGCAACAGUAGUGACUUUAGCAACGUUAGUAACAACAAAAAGAAGUCCAGAUUCUUUGACAGAAAUGGUGUUCUAUUUGGUGGCUGCAAAUGUUCAGCAAAUGCAAUAGAAACAGUUUCUCCUAGGGUCGUGUUCAUCAAGAGAAGUGCCAGUGAAAACGAAGCACACGAACUUCAACUCCAAGAGAAUAACGUUCGAACGAUGAAUUCGACGAAGAAUCAGCAUCAUCAGCAGCGGACAAGAAAACAAGCAUUGUCACGUCAUCGAACGUUUGAAUGGUUAAAGCAGCUUUCUCUUGAAAGUACGACAGAUGAAGCGUUGCUUCCAAUGUAGUCUUACACAUGCUUGCCCUUUUUUGUUCUGCAAUUGUUACUUUUUUUUAUGCUUAUGUUAAUUAACUACUUUCGGUAAUGUAGUAAAGACUCUCUGUAAUCUAGAUGAUAAAUUAUUAACUAUAUGAUGAAUUUAAGAGUGAUUUAAA